AUGGCUUUAGCCGCAAGCAGGACCCUCUUGGCGCUAUUCGUUACGUUUUGCACACCUGGAUGCGGAUGGUCAGCAGAGAAGCCCCUGCGGUCACACAAUGGGAAACAGACAUCUGUGGAUAAGGGCCUAAGGGAGCGCUGGGAGCCGUCUAUUCAUCUAGAUGGAAGACCUGUGGACCGCUUCGUCAUCAGCUCCAACAAACCUACGAGGUCUCAUCGCGUCGCUAAAGCGGGAAAGGACAGUAGCCCUCAUCUAAUGGAGGAUGUAGAUCCUGAAUGGGUUAAUCUGGAUGGCUUUGCUGUGUUGGGUGUUGCACCUGUCAGAAACUCAACAAAAGGUCCAGUCAGGUCUCGGAAAACUGCUGCCAGAAAACAGUCCUCUGUACAGAGGCCCACCAGGGUGAACAGAACAGCCCACCCAUCAGGCGCUUCCAAUGCCAGAACACACAGAAGGGCCCCUCAGUCCUCUUCAGGGCCCAGGCAGCCUGAGAGAGCUUUGGCAGGAGCCCCCCUGCUGGAACAGAGACGCCAACACCACACCAAGCCUCAAUCUGACCAGAGAAACCGAAACACAGCCAAACUAACCUCUGAGUCCGUUCAUGUGGUGUCACUGCAGGCACAGAAAUCCAUGGGACGGAGCGCACCUGCCAACAGAGCAAUCACAACCAAAACAACCACACCAGAGCCGCCAGAUUAUGAGGCCCAGGACAUCGGUGUCAGGGUUAUGUCCCCUCAGUCGGUCCUCAUCUCCUGGGUGGACCCUGCUGUUGAGAUGGGGAAGGUUGGCCCCGGGGACAUCAGAUCCUACACAAUUAAGUACAGAGAGAAGGGUGAGUCUGCACGCUGGGAGUACAAGGACAGCACCCAGAGGAGGAUGCUGAUAGACACCCUGUCUGCUGACGGCAUGUACGAGUUCUCUGUCAGAAUUUCUCAGGGAGACAAUCAUGGAAAGUGGAGCGUCUCCGUCUUUCAGAGAACCCCUGAGUCAGCUCCAUCUGGGCCACCAGAGAACUUCGAGGUCAAGCCACUUAGAGGGAAAGGAACUGCUGUCAUAGCAACAUGGGAUCCACCUGAAGAACCCAAUGGGAGGAUAAGAGAGUACAUCAUGUCUUAUGCUCCUGCUAUGAAGCCAUUUGGAAUGAAAAGUGUGACGUAUCGUAGCAGCACCACCACAGCCACCGUAGAUGGCCUCACACCGGGAGAACGGUACAUCUUCAAGAUCAGAGCCACCAACAGGAGGGGUCAGGGCCCACAGAGCAAAGUCCUCAGUGUUGUCAUGCCAGGAUCCAGCAGCAGGGCCUCGUCAUCCUCCAAGGACAGCCGCAAGACUAGCCACACUCCUUCCAAACAGGAUACUGACCAUGAGGAAUCGGAUCUCCAGACAACAGAGGCGACAAAAGAACCAACAACAACCCCUCAGCCGCGGCCUGCUGCCCCUGCCAUCAGGCGUGGACGUCCACUCUCCGAGUCACGCUCCUACCACAGCAUCUUCUCCUCUGUAAGGGGGUCAGUCAGGAACAAAGGGAACAGAGGGUCCUCUAGAGGAAGAGUUCAAGAUAGAGAAGAGGAGGAGGAGGAGAAAGUACCCACAACGCCAACUCCAAUUAAAGAGACAACAACCAUUGAGGUUGUACCAGAGACAAAAGUCCCAGACAAUGAUGUUGCCCCUGAAUUUGAUGAAGAAUUAGGAUAUGAUGAAGAUACUCUGACUACAGAGACCCCCAGCCUCAAAGUUUUGACGCCCUCUCCAACUAAACGUCGUCCCAAUCUACAGCCCAGAAGGCCCAUUAAGAUCCGGGUCCAUAAGAAACCAGGAUCCAAGGCCGCUUCAUCCUCUUCUUCUUCUUCAUCUUCCUCAUCUUCUGACACUUCUUCUGAUUCCUCCUCAUCUUCUGAUUCUUCCUCAUCUUCUGCUUCCUCCUCUUCAUCCUCAUCCUCACCUUCUUCAACCUCAUUGUCCUCAUCGUCACGUAUUCAAGAGUCUGCAGCCAGUAGAAAGGACUAUGUGGCUUCAGCAUACCCAGAGAGCAAAGACACCUUUGAUAAACCAAGCCUUACACUUACAAAUCCCUCAUCUACGGUUUUAAAAGAGACAAAUCCACAGCAGACAGGGGCCACAUCUGUCGGUAGAGGAUCGGCUUCAGCUGGGCGCAGCAAUGGGUCUGGUUUUGGCUCUAGAUACGGUUUUGGUCGUAGAAAUCCUGGGAUUUUGUUAAGAGGGAAUUCAUCUCGAAUACUGAAUGGUUACAAACCUGCCGUCACCUCUCAAAUGAAUUUACCAAGCAGGACUUCAAACACACGUACUUCAGCAGCACAGUCGACUUUACCAGACAGGACUCAAAACCAUGGAGCAACACAUACUUUAAAUACAGCCACAUCCAGGUCCCCUUCAGGAAGUGGAACCCACAGCCAGGCUACAGCAGACACGUAUAAUUUUGACAAAUCACAGUCGUCGUCAUCAUCAGGGUCCAAGCCUGAAGGCUCUACAACUUCCCAGAGCUCAGGCAGCAAUCCAUCCACUUCACAUAGCAGUCAAGACACCCCCUCCAACACAGACAGGGCAGACUCAUCUCAGUCAACUUCACACAGAGGCUCUCACAGCUCUGCAACAUUACCAAAAACACAUAGCUCACACACAUCACCUGAGCGAGUUACAACACACAAGGAGGGAAAUGAUGACGGUGAUUACAAAAACACUGACGCAGAAUUAACCAAAGUUGAAGAACCUACUUCAAGCUCUGAACCACAACCCAAAGAGGAGGUGAGACGGGAGGAGGACAGAAAGCAAGAUAGCAGUAAGGGGAAACCUGUGGUUCCUCAUACGAGAAUUAACCCCUCAUUUGCUGAAAGGUUCCCCUGGAUAACGAGCCGUUACCCAGGCAGGUUUAGUCAAGGGACGAGAGCUUCAUCUCCCAGGCAGGAGGGUAGGCCCCCCUUCACCAGGACGUCAUCUUCAAUCGGGGCCGGCAGACCCGUCUCGAAGGGGAUACCAACUAGGGUUUCAGGGGCUGCAGGUGCUGCAGGUGUAUCAACAAUACAGGAGACAGGUGCAGAUCUAGUGAAGCAGGACUCACUAAAGAACGGGGAAGGGGAGGGUUCAGUUAAGCCUCCAUUGACCAAUCAAAAUACAGUAUCUAGUGAUUCUAGAAACCCAACUACCUCAUCGUCUUCAUCAUCUUCCUCUGCAGCAGCCACUUCUUCUAACUCUGAAUCCCAUCAUUCCUCAGUUGGACACAGAGACUCAAGUGAGCCCGUCCAUAGAGAAACUUCAAAUAGUAACGAACAUAAUGAAGAUUAUCUUGAUGAAAAGAGUAGGGAAUUAAGUAAAAACAAUGAUAAAGUUGCAGAUCCUACAGCGGCACAAAAGAAUCCUACGAUACCUUCAGCAAACCGAAACUUAGAGGACAAUGAGAGUGUGGAUACAAGGGAAACUCCUUCCAGGACAAGACUUAGUUUACCAUCGGGAGGUGCUUCACCUUAUCGCCGUCCUGGUAUGGGGGCCAACGGGAGGGUUCGCUCUCCUCUGCUUGCCAACAGGCCGUCUGGUGGAUCUAGGCUUACUUUCAGACCACAGCCAGCACAGAACUCAAGGCUUGGUUCUUCAACAUCUGAUGACUCCUCAACAUCAUCUGACGCAGCUUCUUCCUCAAAUAUGCCGCAGCCAGUUUUGACCUCGGAUCGUGGUGUUGGCAGUGGCAGUACUGUGUCAAAUACAGGAGGACUAACUGGAGGGAACUCCCAGUCUACAUCAUCAUCUUCAGCAUCUUCAUCAUCAUCUAGAGACAGCUUUAGAGGCCAUGGGAGUCGGUCUCGCUAUCCCAUCGUGAGAGGGAAACUACCCAAUGGAGGACAAGUCAAGCCUGCCAAUGGAAACGGUAAAAAUGGACGGCCAAAUCUGACAGCAACAAGUGAUAAAGACACCCCCUCUUCUCAUGGAACCAACAAGGCUGUUGGUCAAAGAUUCAUCACAGGACCUGAUGGAUCCAAAUGGGUGGUGGACUUGGAACGAGGAGUUCUUAUGAACCAGGAUGGGCGAGUUCUCCAGGAUUCACAGGGCAAACCUAAGAGAGUGGUGCUUGGAGAGGACGGACAAACUAUUUUUGACCACAUGGGAAGUCCCCUGGUAAACAAGGAAGGCAUGGCUCUGUUUGGCCACGGCCGGGAGAGUCAACCUGUGAUCAACCCAAAAGACAAGGUCCUCAUGGUUGGAGGGAAACCUGUACUUGGCUUGGACCGUCCUCACCACAGGACAACCACCACCACCACCACCACCACCACCAGGCCUACUACCACCACCACACCUGAACCCACCACCACUGAAUGGAUCAUAGAGGAGUCUACAACGGCACCACUUUACCCAACCUGUCCACCUGGAACCUACUCCAAAACAGAUGAAUAUGGUUAUCCACUGCUGGAUCCAGAAGGGAUAUUGGACUGUUAUUCAGAAGAGGAAUCCUCAGGGAUGGAAAUGGACCACAUGGUUACAUUAACCAUGGUGCCUGAUGCUUUAGCUCUUGAGAAAGAUGAGUUUAUUAUCCAGACCACCCUGCCAUCCACAACAACAACCACCACAGAGAUUCCGACUCCAGAGCCAGACACGAGACCAUCGAACCACGGGCCGUCAUCCGAGUUUGACCUCGGUGGGAAGAAGAGAUUCACAGCUCCUUAUGUGAACUACAUCCGAAAGGACCCGUCUUCUCCUUGCUCCUUGACCGAGGCUCUGGAGUUUCUUCAGGUCGACGUCCUAGAAGACCUGUUAGAAAAGGACAGCCUGAAAGCCAAUCAGAAGCUGCCUCCCAAAGACAAGCCUCACAACCUCACUGUGGUCGCCAUGGAGGGCUGCCACUCAUUCAUCAUCCUGGACUGGGCCCGCCCACUAAAGGACGAUAUGGUGUCAGGCUACAUGGUGCACAGUGCUUCAUAUGACGACGUCCUCAACAAUAGAUGGUCCUCUAACCCCUCCAGUGGGACACACCUGGCUGUGGAGAAUCUCAAACCUAACUCCAGGUACUACUUCAAAGUGCAGGCCAAGAACGUGUUUGGUUUGGGACCAGUGAGCAAUACACUCACCUAUGUCACAGAAUCAGACGAUCCUCUUCUCAUUGAAAGACCACCUGGUGGAGAACCAAUCUGGAUCCCCUUUAGCUUCAGGUAUAACUCAGCCCACAGCAGCUGUAAGGGCAGCCAGUAUGUGAAGCGGACAUGGUACAGGAAGUUUGUGGGCGUGGUUUUGUGUAACUCUCUCCGAUAUAAGAUCUUCAUGGGAGAUGGCCUGAGAGAGCCCUUUUACAGUAUAGGAGAUACAUUUGGCCAGGGGGAGGACCAUUGCCAGUUUGUGGACUCCUACAGGGACGGGAGGACGGGUCCAGCCUACCUCUCAAAUAAUCUGCCCUCAGCACAAGGAUAUUAUCGCGCGUACAGACAGGAGCCAGUUUCAUUUGGAGUCGUUGGCCGACGCACAUCCCAUCCAUUCGUGGGCUGGUAUGAAUGCGGGGUGCCCAUCCCCGGGAAGUGGUAACACAGGGGGAGACGUUGUUACCGAGGCCAACCCUUCUGCAUCCUGCUGCAGGCUCUUACCUUCACUGGUCUUGCCUCUAAAAACAGACUUUUGCCUGCCACAAUGAAAUUACACCACUAUGAAUUUAUCCCAGCUUCACAGAAAGAGAAUAUAGUACUUUUUAAACGACCCAAUGUAUAUCAUUACAAUGCACUUUUUAUAUAAAGCAGUUUGUAUAUGAGGGAAAAAAUAAGCAUGUGUGCUAUUGCUAAAUAUAACUCUUGUCUUAAAGUGUCCUUGUAUUAUUCCCAACUAUCCCACAGACAUGUCCUCACCCAGUGUUAUUUAUCUCAUCAAUAAUGCACACGCACGGUCAAACCAGUGACAUUGGACCAAAGCACAAGCUGCAAAGUAAACUGUAAGAAUGAGCACUUAAAGGUCUGUUCAUUUUCUAUUGUGAGAUUUGUAUUUCAUAAUGUAACAGCUUCUGACAGCUAUUGUUUCUUUGUUUGUUUGUUUGUUUGUGUUCUUAAUCCAUCAUACUGUUUUUUUUUUUCCUGUUACGCAUUUUUGGUAUUCACCAGAAUUCAUUAUGAAGUUACUGUGUAAGUUUUGUAUGUAUACGGACCAUGAAUAAAAGACCAAAUAUUUGCUCA